AUGCCCGAGCACGAAGAAGAUCUCAUUGCCUCCAAGACCGAGGGUUUCAAGGUUGGAGAGAAGAAGACAAUCAAUGAGUACACUGAGCUUGAUAAGAAUGACGAAUCCCUAAACCGCUGGAAGGCCUCUCUAGGCCUUGCAACCGGUGCAUCAAUUGGAGACCCCAACGACCCCCGAAAGUGCAUUAUCAAGUCUCUCGCCCUGGAGGUUGAGGGACGCUCCGAUGUGGUCAUCGACGUGUCCGCGCCCGGUGCAGUUGAUACUCUCAAGGACAAGCCAUUCACCAUCAAGGAGGGUGCCCACUUCCGGAUCAAGGUCGUCUUCCAGGUGCACCAUGAGGUCCUGAGCGGUCUGAAGUACCUGCAGGUCGUGAAAAGAAAGGGUAUUAGAGUUAGCAAGGACGAAGAGAUGCUGGGCAGCUAUGCCCCCAACACCACCGACAAGCCCGUUUACGAGAAGAAGUUCCAAGAGGAAGAGGCCCCCUCCGGAAUAAUCGCUCGGGGCCAUUACAACGCGGUUUCGAAAUUCCUGGAUGACGACGACCACACCCAUCUGCAGUUCGAGUGGUCGUUUGAUAUCGCGAAGGAUUGGUAA